GGCUGGCUGGCGCGUGCGUAUUUCUCAAGCUAAGCCCAGGCUAUCUAUUUCUUACCUCCUCGCCAGGACAAGAUUUACAUCUCCCGCGAUUCUUUUCGCAAGAACUGAUCUGGUCGCGAUUCGAUCCGCCUCUCGAAACCCUAAUCGAGCCCCCAUCGCGAUUCGAUCCGCCUCUCGAAACCCUAAUCGACCCGCCAUCGCGAUUCGAUCCGCCUCUCGAAACCCUAAUCGACCCGCCAUCGCGAUUCGAUCUCUGCUGGUUGACCGCCACCGAGGAUGUCUUCCCCCGGGGUCCCGAUCCCGGCGAAGUUCGGCGGCGGGGUCACAUUUCCGUCCGCAAUGCAGGUCCAGGAGUUCGACUGCUUCGUCGUCGUCGACUUCGAGGCGAUCUGCGAGAAGGACGCGCGGAUCUACCCUCAAGAGAUCAUCGAAUUUCCCUCCGUCCUCGUCGACGGCGCCACCGGCCGCCUCGCCUCCGCCUUCCGCAGGUACGUCCGCCCGCGCCACCACCCAGUACUGACCGACUUUUGCAGGGAACUCACCGGCAUCCGGCAGGAGGAUGUCGACGGCGGCGUGGAUCUGGCCGAGGCGCUGCGGCUGCACGACGCUUGGCUAGAGGAGACAAUGUUGGCGACCAAGAAAGGGGGUAGAUUUGCGGUUGUCACGUGGGGGGACUGGGAUUGCCGCAGUAUGCUAGAUAAGGAGUGCAGAUUCAAGGGACUCACCAAGCCGGCCUACUUCGAUCGCUGGAUCAAUCUUAGGGUCCCGUUCCAGGCAGCAUUUGGAGGCAGUGGACGGGUCACUCUGCAGGAGGCUGUCCGAGCAGCAGGUCUGGAAUGGGAGGGUCGCCUACACUGUGGGCUCGAUGACGCAAUCAAUACGGAGUAUCUUCUCGUGGAGGUGAUGCAGCAGGGCGUCCAGCUUGCUAUUACGGGCUCAUUGGCGCUGCCACCUCCGUCAAAGCAGCAGGUUGUUCUUCCGCCUCCUCCACAGCCGCAGCUGCAGGAAAUUUUACGGCCUCAGCCUCGCUUACAUAAUGGUGGCGCUGUGGCGGUGGGCUGCUGCUACUGUGGGCUAUUGGCUAGGCGAGGUGUGGUGGUAGCGUCUGGGCCAAUGCAAGGGAAGUACUUCUAUGGGUGUGGCAAUCUGACACCAGCCAUGAGACCAAUGUGCCACUACUUCAUGUGGGCAGACUGUCAGUACAAUUAAGAGUCAGUCAUAUUGUUAGCGUAGGUUUAGAGUUAAUCAGGUUGUUAGCGUUGAGUAUCAACUCUCAUAUUAGACUGGGAGUCGAAGUCAGACUGUUAGUGUAGGAUUGAAGUAUAGUAUUAUUAUGUAUCCAGGGCUAAGCCAUAGCUGUCCUAUAUAAGGGACCUGUAAUUCUUUGAUUCAUUUCAAUAAAGGAGAAGUCUUUUAUACCG